UGAUGGUUGAGCAGCGAGGACAACUAUGAGUCCUCUCACAGACUCACACUCAGUGUACAGCUGCCAGCUGGACGCCGCUGAGACAGUACUUCUCCCCCACCACAAGGGUCUAAGACAGCGUGAGGAUGAUGAAGGUGUUACUGUGGCUGCUGGUGGUGGCUGUGGUCACGCAUCAGCAGACCGAGAACACGGUAAAGAUAGAGUUGCAACAGGGCGUCAUCAUUGGGUCCAGGGAGGAAGCCGACGCGGGAAGGUUCAUCUAUAGUUUCAAGGGCAUCCCCUACGCCGAACCUCCCGUCGGCGACCUCAGGAUGAAGGACCCGUUGCCUGCUGGUGGCUGGACGGGGGAGAGGAAUGGCACCGAGGAUCCACCGGUGUGUAAACAGAUAGACAUUGUGGCCUUAUUUAAAGACGAGGAAGCAGUGGUGGGUGACGAGGAUUGCCUCUUUCUCAAUGUUUUCACGCCUCGGCCAUAUUCUUCAGAUUUGCCUGUGAUGGUGUACAUCCAUGGUGGGGCGUUUAUCUUGGGCAGCAUGAUUGGCUGCGGCCCGCUGCCUCUCCUCAACAAAGAUGUGGUCCUCGUCGCCAUUCAGUACCGUCUUGGUGUGUUAGGCUUCUUGUCUACGGAAGACGAAGUACUGCCAGGGAACCUUGGGCUGAAGGACCAAACGGUGGCCCUCCGCUGGGUACAGGAGAACAUCCGUAGUUUCGGAGGUGACCCAGAGAAGGUAACGAUCUUCGGGGAGAGUGCCGGGUCGGCGUCUGUCCACUUCCAAAUUCUGACGCCACACGCUGCCGGGCUUUUCCAGCAAGCUAUCAUGCAGUCAGGGACGGCAUUGUGUCCGUGGGCCCUGAGGGAAGACCACAAAGAAGUGGCAGUCACCCUGGGGGAAAUGUACACAUGCUCGGAUGCGGAGUCUCCUGACCUGGACAGUAACCGGCUCCUCGACUGCCUCAAUGAGGUUCCAGUCGAUGAUCUCAUUCUUUCUCAACUUAAGUUUUUUAAGUGGGGCAACUUUCCGUGGAUGACCCUACCUCGCGUUGAUGGUAACUUCCUGCUCGACCACCCCGCCUCCAUGCUGAGUGCUGGCAGGUACAACAAAGUAAACAUCAUGGCCGGCAUCAACUUGGAUGAGGGCUCCAUAAUUGUUAUCGACUUAUUCUCGCAGAAAAGAAAGACAGAUUUGAACAUGUUAAAUGCGACCUUCCCCAAAUACAGUCCAGUCGUGUUAGGCUUCGAGGAGUGGGAAGAACGACCAGAAUACCUCGCUCAACGAGUCUUCCACCACUACUUAGGAGGAGACAUCGAUCUGACGGAGGGCCAAUUUCAUUUAUUGUCACAGAUGUUUGGGGACAGAUUUAUAAAGACGUGUCACGAGGACGCUGCCUACUUCCACAGCCAAAACAAGGACUGGAACGUAUACCUAUAUGAACUUCGCCACCAAGGUCAACAAAAUUUACCUGACGCUUUAACAGGUUCUCCCAGUGGUGGAAACGGCAAGGUGAAUCACGGUGACGACCUACAGUACCUCUUCAGUGGCAUGCCGCCCUUCCAACCCCUGCAACACUCUGGCGAUCUCUUCCUCAGUGAGAUCAUGGUCGACCUCUGGACUAACUUCGCUGCCACCGGAAACCCGACGCCCGAUGGAUCUCUGGGAUUCAGGUGGACUCCGGCAACCAAAGACAACAUGACGUUCCUGUCUCUCACUACCGUCCCCAUCAUGGAUAAGGAAGGCAACCAAGAGAUACAAGAGUUUUGGAGGAAUUUACCCACGAAGCAGAACAAACUCCUCUUCCCUGAGCGUUUCAUCAAGGACAAGGCAUAAUGCUGUUCUCCACCACCAUCUAACCUGCUGAUGACGUCUCCAAUAGUUGCAAACGACAACCUUUUAUACUGUCACUGUGUACUAUACGCGGUGUCUGCCCUUUCGUCUGCCACCUCCACCAGAGAGAGUUGUAGCAGCUGGUUCAGUCUUGGUGAUAUUUUGUUUCAGUAAUACAACACUACACCUUGAUA